AUGACAUCCUACACAUCGCGUGCAGGAGUACCCUUCACUUCUAGCUCUGUGGAUAGUUCUACAGGCAGCAUGAGGGGCGUUAUCGCUUCAUACCGUCGCUCGCAAUUUUUUGCCAGUUCAAAUAUACCAUAUAAUGCUCAUUUUUCUGAUGAGGGGUCGGAUGAAGAGGCUCGUGUUGGAGAAGAUGACGAGGAAGGCGAGUUAGUUCCAAUACCCAGGGAUGACAUGACAGAGUUCUGGGACUGGGACGAAACGUCGCGUCCAGUCUUACAACGUGCACGAACUUUUAUCCCCCAACGGCCUGUUGAGACACGGGAAAUCACUGCUACUGGCGGAAGUCCACUCGCUCAAUCAACCAGUGAUGAAACUGUUCCUUUACUGCAAGCAUCUCCCACAUCUAAUCAAGUCAGUUAUGGGGGAUCUGAUUCAGACGCGUACGUCGGUGGAGAAUCGCAUGGCCCAACAGAUCGGUCUAUACUACGGCGCAAGUCGUCAGGUACCCUGAGGAAACCACACAACUACGGAGGACAAAGUACCUACGGGCAGACAUUAUUCAACAGCAUCGCGAUAUUAUUGGGCAUUGGAAUGUUAUCCGAGCCCCUAGCCUUCGCAUAUGCUGGUUGGAUCGGUGGAACGGCUCUCAUUGUAUUUAUGGGCUUCUUGAAUUGUUAUACUGCUAAGAUUCUUGCUGGUAUCAUCUUGGAAGACCCUCGUCUGAGGUCAUACGCCGACAUUGGUCGUAAGGCGUUUGGUCCAAAGUCAAUUGCCCUGACUACGAUUAUGUUUUGUCUUGAGCUUUUUGCCGUCAGCGUUGCUUUCGUCACUCUAGCCGCUGACUCCAUGCACGAAAUCAUGCCAGCGUAUUCUUCAAACACAUUCAAAAUCGCGUCCAUAGUCGUAUUGGCACCGCUGGUUUUUCUACCGCUCUCUAUACUCUCUUAUACAUCGAUAUUUGGCAUCUGUUCGACGCUCCUUAUCAUUGCUGUCAUUUUCAUAGAUGGCUUUUCUAAGCCAGAUGCUCCUGGUAGUCUCUGGAGUCCGGCCGUGACGUCAUGGGGGACUGGCUCCAUGACCGAGCUUGGAAUUGCUUUUGGCUUGCUUAUGGCUGGCUUCUCUGGCCAUGCUGUAAUACCAUCGCUGGCCCGUGAUAUGGUUGAUCCUUCCGAGUUUGAUAAUAUGAUCAACUGGGCCUUCAUCGUUACCACAUUCAUCUAUGGGAUCAUCGGUUAUGCUGGGUAUUUGAUGUUUGGACGGAACGUGAGCGACGAAGUCAGUAAGGACCUCAUGAACACUCCUGGCUAUACCUCAUGGAUCAAUGAAAUCGCACUGUGGACGUUGGUGUCAACCCCUAUCACAAAGUUUCCUCUCAGCACGCGGCCACUCAAUGUCAUCCUCGAAAUCAUGCUCGGUAUAGAUAAUCAUGCACCAUUGCAGGGCGGUAUCAAACCCCAGCUGGACACACAACUUUCUACCGCUCAUCGGCUUUUGAAUCGUACAUUCUUCAUUGUCGAGCGCAUAUCUGUCCCUGCGCUGUCUAUUUUGGUGUCGAUCCUCGUUCCAGAGUUUAGCUCCCUUAUGGCCUUCCUCGGUUCAUUUUCGGCCUUCAUGAUCUGCGUCAUUGGUCCUAUAUCGGCCAAAAUUGCCCUGGAGGGAAGGUGUAGUUUGGUUGAUGCUUCAUUCCUCGCAAUAGCCACUGUGAUGGCAACUUGGGGUACGCUCGCUGCAUUUUGGACAGCGUGA